AUGGAGCAGCGACAAUUGGGAGACGCAUCCGUCCAACAAAAAACGAACGUGUCUUCUUUGUUUGAAACGACGACGACGACCACCACUCGCGACGCAAAGAAAGACAACGAAAAAGAAGACCAAGAAAAUGAAUUAGACGAGAACAAACUCCCGCCGUCGCACACUGCGGAAGAUAUUUUAGGCGCCGAAGGCAUCUCGGAAACCGAUUUGUAUCGCUUUUUGGAGGAUUUAGACGAGAUGGCACCGACGAUUCCGGAUCAGUACACGAAUUCGGUGUUAAAAACAGUCGGCGUCGGGGAACCGGACGUAAGAGUGACACGAUUAAUCUCCUUAGCCGCGCAAAAGUUCAUGCAACAAAUCGCGGACGACUGUUUUAAAGUGCAAGCGAACAAAUUAGCCGCGCUGCCGAAAGAUGAAAAGCUGAGGAAGAUAAACCAACGCGUCGUGUUGACGACGGAGACGUUGGGAGAGGUGUUGAGCGAAUACGGGGUGAGCAUGAAGAAACCGAGUUUGUUCGUCGGGAGCGGGGAAGACGAGGAAAUGGAAGACGAGGAGGUGGAGAUACACGAAGGCGAGGGUGGUGGUGGAGACGGGAACGAGUAA